AUGGAGGUAACGGUCCACAAACACAUUGGCGAUCAUAGAAAUAUUAUAUCCUUCUUUCACACCGGCGAAGAUACAACAUGGCGGUGGAUUGCGAUGGAGUUAGCGGAGGGAGGUGAUCUUUUCGAUAAAAUCGAGGCCGAUGCCGGUGUUGGGGAGGAUAUUGCACAUUUCUAUUUUACGCAGCUUAUCAGCGCGGUUAGUUAUAUGCACUCCAAGGGGGUGGGACAUCGCGACAUCAAGCCUGAGAAUGUGCUAUUGUCUGGUAAUGGAGAUCUGAAGAUUGCGGAUUUCGGUCUCGCGACGGUCUUUGAAUAUAAUGGGAAGAUGAAAGCAUGUACCACACUGUGCGGAAGUCCGCCCUACAUCGCGCCAGAGGUCAUAACGUGCAGUACACGAGGACAGACGAAAGGAAGCGGAUAUCGAGCCGACUUUGCAGAUAUUUGGUCCUGCGGCGUUGUUCUUUUCGUCCUACUAGCAGGAAAUACACCCUGGGACAGCCCGACAGAAGAAAGCUUCGAGUUCAGCGAAUACCUCGAGAAGAACGCUCGAACAACGGAUGAACUCUGGCAACGAUUACCACCCUCAGUUUUAUCGCUGCUCAGAGGAAUGAUGAAAGUCGACGUUGCGAGUCGUUUCACAAUGGAAGAUGUCAGGCGCCAUCCCUGGUUUACUCGACCUAACAAAUAUAUCUCCUCAGAAGGCAAACUACGAGAUCAACUUAACCUUGCGACGAGCAUGUUUGAGUCCUUACAUAUCGACUUUUCGCAAGAUCCGCUUGCGCCGCCCCACUCGCAAUCUCAGCGAUCACGUCAAAAUGGUCCGUCAUCUUCGGCUAUGGAUAUAGACAUGCAGGAAAAUGGCGACGACCUACAAUCACGAUUAUCAUCCACACAACCCGAAAUGCCGAUGGGCAACGUGGCAAUCGACUGGGACACACCUCUCGUCAACGCUUUUUCAUCGACCCAACCCACGGACCACACCAUGUCCACAACGCAAGAUUACCAACUCGCCGAUCGCCUCGAAGACGAACCCGCCAUGUCCCAAUUCAGCCAAAACCCAACGGUGCCACUAAGCAGGACGCAAAACGCGCAGAACUUCCACGAUAUCAUUCCUUCACGAACUCUGAACAGAUUCUAUUCUACUUGGGGAUUGAAAUUACUCGUCCCAUUUCUAAGUGAAGCCCUGCAUCGACUCGGUGUGCCUGUCCCCAACCAAAUAGCAGGCAUCGAGACAGGAGGACCCGUCGUCAUUCGCGUCGCAACGAAAGAUCAACGACUUUGCUUACUACAGGGAAAUAUAAUUGUGGAGAGCGUCUCGGAGGGACUUUUCGAAGUUGAGUUUACAAAAGUGAAGGGCGAUCCGUUGGAAUGGAGACGAUUCUUCAAGAAGGUGGCUGUUUUGUGCCAGGAUGCAAUAUACAGGCCUGACCAAUGA